GCGAGAAGUGAUGGGGAGCGGGACGGCGCGGGGGAAAGAAGCGAGCCGCGGGGAAGGCGGCCCCCGGCGGCCAUGGCAACUCAGGUCGCGCGCGGGAGCCGUUGCGAGCAGGAGCAGGAGCGGGACGUCCGGGCGCUGAUCCGGCGCGUGACCGGGCUCCGCGAGGCGCAGGAGGAGCCCGGCGGCCGUUUCCAGGCGGCGCUGAGCUUCGUCUGGUCCAACUUCAGAUUUCAUCGAUUUCUUGAUGUAAGCAGUCACAAAGUAGAGAGAACAAUAGAGGGAAUUUAUGAAAAGCUGAUUAUUCAUUCAGACCUCAGUAAAGCUGCAAGCUGGAGAAGACUGAUAGAAACAUUUCUGAACUCGCCACUUCCCAGCACAGAAGAAUCCAAGACAGAUUCUCAUUAUGCCAUACUAUCUCUUCUGCUGUGCUUGUCUGAUUCUCCUUCCAACACCAACUAUGUGGAAAAGCCACGAGAUAAAGAAGUGGAAAAGGAAGAAGAAUUUGACUGGGGGAAGUACUUGAUGGAAGGUGAAGAAAUUGAUUUUGGCCCUGACAUGCCAGAUUGGUCUGAAGACAGUGAAGAGGAGGAGGAUGCUCAACAGCCUCUGAGCAGAGAAGACUCUGGCAUUCAAGUAGACAGAACACCACAAGAAGAACAAGACCAACACAAGAAAACAGUGUCUCAGGUCUCAUGGAAAGUGGGUGAGCCUGAUGCACGCAGCUGGCUGGAACAGCAUGUGGUUCCUCAGUAUUGGACAGGAAGAGCUCCUCGUUUUUCUCACAGUUUGCACCUACAUUCCAAUUUAGCUGCUGUCUGGGACCAACACUUGUACAGCAGUGAUCCCUUAUAUAUGCCAGAAGAAAGGACUCUCGUCACUGAAACACAGGUUAUCAGGGAAACUCUUUGGCUUCUUUCAGGGGUGAAAAAGCUCUUUAUAUUUCAGCUGAAUGAGGGAAAGGUGACUGUGAGAAAUGACAUCAUUGUAACUCAUUUGACCCAUAAUUGCUUAAGAUCAGUAUUGGAGCAGAUAGCGGCAUAUGGACAAGUCGUGUUUAGGCUGCAAAAAUUUAUUGAUGAAGUGAUGGGGCACAGCUCAGAAAAUGUAACCCAUGGAACCAUUUCCACUCCCAAGAAAACUACAGAAUCUCCAUUUAGAACCUACCAAGCAUUUAUGUGGGCUUUGUACAAGUACUUCAUUAGUUUCAAAGAAGAACUUACUGAAAUUGAGAAAUGCAUAAUCAACAAAGACAAAACAGUCACUCUUUCAAUAGUAGUAGAUAAACUGUCACCUCGACUGGCACAGCUUAAGGUACUUCACAAAGUUUUCAGCACAGGGGUGGCAGAAGUACCACCUGACACUCCAAAUGUUGUAAGAGCAUCUCAUUUGCUUAAUACACUCUACAAAGCUAUUCUUGAAUAUGACAACGUUGGAGAAGCAUCUGAGCAAACAGUAUCCCUCCUCUUCUCUCUUUGGGUUGAAACAGUAAGGCCAUAUUUGCAGACAGUGGAUGAGUGGAUUGUCCAUGGUAACUUGUUUGAUCCUGCUAAGGAAUUUAUUAUUCAGAGAAACAAAAAUGUUCCAGUUAAUCACAGGGAUUUUUGGUAUGCUACCUACACGUUGUAUAGUGUGUCAGAAAAGAUGGAGAAUGAAGAGAAAAUGAGUGAUAAUGCCAGUGCCAGCUCUGGCAGUGAUCAGGCUCCCUCAAGUAGGCAGCACACAAUGGUAUCCUUUCUGAAACCAGUACUAAAACAAAUCAUCAUGGCUGGAAAGUCCAUGCAGUUGUUGAAGAACCUGCAAUCCAAAGACGAUUCUCCACAGCAAGCUGCAUCAAGAGAUUCAGAAAGGAAGAAUUUGUACACACUAUUUCUGGAGUCUGUGCAGUCUCGUUUGCGGCAUGGAGAAGAAUCUGUUCCGGAUAUUAUUACAGAACAACAAGCUACAAAGCAGAGUUUGAUAAAGAUGCAGUCCAUAGCAGAAAGACACUUAGAACUGGAUGAUGUUCAUGAUCCAUUGCUGGCUAUUAACUUUGCUAGGCUGUAUUUGGAGCAAAGUGACUUUCAUGAGAAAUUUACUGGUGGCGAUGUUUGCGUGGAUAGAUCCUCUGAAUCGGUGACAUGCCAGACAUUUGAACUGACAUUGAGGUCUUGCCUUUAUCCUCACAUAGAUAGGCAAUAUCUUGAAUGCUGUGGCAACCUAAUGCAAACUUUAAAGAAGGAUUACAGGCUGGUAGAGAACUUGCAGGCAAUGCGAAACUUUUUCUUGCUUGAAGCUGGAGAUACUAUGUAUGAUUUCUACACAUCUAUUUUUGAUAACAUAAGAGAAAAGGAAACUUGGCAGAAUGUAUCAUUUCUAAAUGUCCAACUCCAGGAAGCAGUUGGACAACGUUAUCCAGAGGACAGUUCAAGGCUGUCUAUAUCAUUUGAAAGUGUUGAUACAGCAAAGAAGAAACUCCCUGUCCAUACCUUAGAUGGUUUAACGCUAGGGUACAAGGUCCCUUGGCCUGUGGACAUAGUUAUAAGUUUAGAAUGUCAAAAAAUUUACAAUCAAGUAUUUCUUCUCUUGCUACAAAUAAAGUGGGCCAAGUAUAGUUUAGAUGUUUUACGAUUUGAUGAACUAGUAAGUGCUACAGAAAAACCACAGCUUAAGGAUGGACCUCAGUUAGAACAAGAGACAGUUCCUCACUUUGGAGCACAAACAGAUAUGAUAAAACAACAAAUUCACCGCAUGUUCCUCUUAAGAGUGAAACUCAUGCAUUUUGUUAACAGCUUGCAUAACUACAUCAUGACCAGGAUUCUUCACAGUACAGGUUUGGAGUUUCAGCACCAGGUAGAAGAAGCCAAAGAUUUAGAUCAACUGAUUAAAAUUCAUUAUAGAUAUUUGUCUACAAUCCAUGAUCGUUGCCUGCUGAGAGAAAAGGUCAGUUUUGUGAAAGAAGCUAUAAUGAAAGUGCUGAAUUUAGUGCUGAUGUUUGCAGAUCGUUGGCAGGCUGGUUUGGGAGCUUGGAGGAUGGAAUCCAUAGAGAAGAUGGAAUCAGAUUUUAAAAAUUGUCACAUGUUUCUUGUAACAGUUCUAAAUAAAGCAGUCUGUAGAGGCUCUUUUCCUCAUUUGGAGUCUUUAGCUUUGUCACUCAUGGCUGGCAUGGAACAAAAUUAACAAAUCCAAAGUGCAUCGAACUAUUCAAGAACUGAACUCCUGUAGCAUUCAUCUUCAACGUUAUUUAAAGUGAUCCUUUUUUACUGAAAUCCGUGUGUGUGUGUGUGUGUGUGUGUGUGUGUGUGUGUGUGUGUAUAUAUAUAUAUAUAUAUAUAUACACACGCAUAGCUAAAUAACAGUUUAUAUAAUUUCCUUUUAUUGACAGUUUUUGAAAAUGUAAAAUGCUUGAAACUGUAAAUGGCAAUGUAUAUAGUAUUUAAUGAGUAUUUAAUUGUGGCUGUAUUUUUUCUGCAUGUUAGUAUACUAUAAUAUCAAAUUCAUACUGUCAUGUAAAAGUAGCUAAUUUGAAAAUACAUCAGCUGUAUUGUGUUGUGAAGAAGGAAUUAUUUUUAAAAAUAAAGUAUUAGCUGCGUAAGUCUUGAAAA